UCUUCAAAAAAAUUUUUCCAGAUCUCUGAAUUGCUUCGUUGUAGCGCCACUGAAAUAUGCAAAUCUCAUUUCCACAUGCGAUGUUUGUCGAAAUACGCUUUGAAUGCUGAUGACGAAUACAAAACCUUGUUGUUUCCUAUUCAAGGGCAGUGUCCCAAAUGUGGUAUGACUUACCUAUGGGGUGAGUUGGUCAGGGACCAGCGAAUUUUAUUGGCAGUUAAUAAGUCUAAUUCAAACGGCACAUUAUUCAAUAUGAUACCUCGUGGUAAACUCACUAAAAUGUAG